UCCCACGCUCACCUGCCAUUCCUUCUGAUCACCAUUAAUGCUCUCUACCCCAACCUCAACACCAAACACGCCUUUAAACAUCCUCGUAGACCAUUCCAACGGAAUUCUCCAUUGUUUCCGAUGACCAAGAAAAUGAAGCUCCCUUCCAUUUUCAAGACCAAAGCAGAUCAGAUGAAUGCUUGGCAAUGGCCUUCUUGCGCCCACGCCAAGACUCUGUCUUUCCGGGCGGACGCCGGAAUCUUCAAGACCGUCAACUCCGUCUACCUCGACCCCGCCGCCGUGGACGACGGCGUCGACACCCCGGAGUCCUGCUUCACCAACACCUCCGAAUCCGCCAGCUUCUCCACGGGGGAAUCCGACGACGAGCGGAUCAUCGUGACCGGGGUCAGGUCCGACCGCCUCUUCUUCGACCGCGCCGACACCAGCUCCUCCAUCGCCGCCGCCGCCGCCGCGGCAACCCCGCCGGAAAAUCAAGAAAAUCACGAGGAGGAAGAAGAGGCGCCGUUCGCGGCGAGCGUGGUGAUGGCGAUGGAUUCCGACGACCCGUACGCGGAUUUCAAGAAAUCGAUGGAGGAAAUGGUGGAGAGCCAGGGGAUGAGAGAUUGGGAAUCGUUGCAGGAGCUUAUGGGCUGGUAUUUGAAGAUGAACGGAAAGGUUAACCAUGGCUUCAUUGUUGGGGCUUUUGUGGAUUUGCUUAUUCAACUAACCUCAUCUUCUUCUUCAUCUUCUUCUUCUUCCCCCAAAACCUUCCAUGAUUUUCCAUCCAACGUCGUCUCCACUUCAUAUUCAUCUGCACUCUCUACUCUCUCAUCUCCACCCACUUCUCCACUCUCAUCCUUAGAUCUCAAGGAGAUUCAUGAACAAGGAUAGGAAUCACAGGAUCAAUAAUGUAUUCUAGUCUUUUUGUAUAUUCCUCUUAGGUACUAUUACUAAGGUGAAUGAGGAGGACAAAGGUCUCAUUCUUUUUUUCUUUUUUUUUGGUGACAAGGAAAUCAUAGUCCGGAGGGUGGGCAAUGGUCGAAUCUUCUUCUUAUUCUAGUCGAUAAAGAAUUACUCUGAAGUAAAUCAAAUCAGUCUAGGUUACCUAUAGUUAACUUUGAAGGUGUGCAAUGGUCGAAUCUUGUCUUGUAAUUCUGGUGGAUAAAUGAUUAUGAUGAAGUAAAUCAGCCUAGAUUACUUAUAGUUGAUCAGCUCAAACUAAGAAAAUUGGAAUUAGAAUUUGAAUUCGUGACU